ACGUGACCGCAGCACUCCCGCCUUCGAUGCAAAGCACUUCGCAGCGUCAGUGACGAGGGAGGACUCAUCUCGACAAGCCUUUGGCGCCUCAGCUACAUCCUUUGACCAGAAUACACGCGCCGUUCGUCUAAUUUGCUAGACCCCAUUGUCUUUGGGGCCGUUGUUUAUCUCCGCUUCAGGCCUCUCGCUAGACCGCCUCCCCCACUUGUUACUGUGGCUCGUUCAUCCGACCCCGGCCCCUAUCGUUCGACCGUCCGCCACUUAUCAGACCUCAAAACCCUUCAGUUGCGGCUGACAUUGACAGCAGACAAUCUGUAGCGGAAUUGCUGCGGUUGUCAUUUCUUGAACCACCUUCAUUCGGGGGCGGUUCCGCUUCAGGACCCCAUGUUGAGAAGAAGGAGAGAACGAACCCGAACCCCGACUCUUUCACCUGCUACUGCUUUGUCUCCGGCGGCGUUGACUGUCACUUUCUCCAAAAACCCCCCUCAAGCAAAUAACUCACGGUCUCAUCUGCCACGUUAAAUGGCAGAUGGUACCUACAGGUUCCAGCAGCCUGGGGCCGGGCAAUUCUUCUUUCAAACGCAACAACAACAACAACCUUCUCAUCAACGACACCUUGUCCGGAACGGAACGAAUUCUCCGACUGGAAGAUUGAAAUUUAGUCACGAUACACCGUCCCCUUCACGAUCUCCCCCCCUUGGUCAGGCAGCUGCGCUCAAUCCAUUCACCAUGUAUAGCCAGACGCACCAAGGGCAGCAUGUCAUGAUGAAUGGCGGCCAAGCCCACCAACGCUUCGGCAUUCAGAUGCCGAAGUUUCAAUCUCAGAGCCACCAUCCCCACCCUGCACAGCAAGCUCACCAUCACACACACCACAACCAAGCCUCUCACAAUAUCAACCACCAGCACAACUUCUCCAGCGGGGCGUUGGCUGCCGCUACUCCCCACUUUACCCCGAGCCACAUGCAGAAUGGGGCUCAUGCUAACGUUGACGAAGAUAUUGAUGAAUCUAUGAAUGAACAUUGGCAACAACAGCUUCAGUUGGCCGCUGAAUCGCGGCAGGCGAGCUCCCCGCACUAUUAUGCCCGGGCCGUCGCUCAGCAGACCAAGGGCAUUCAGAUCGCUCCCAGUCAGCCUGAACCCCAGGAAAACGGAAGUGAUGUGAAAAAUGGGCUGACAAAGAUAAAAGCAUCCGCGAGACAAGGCUGGUAUGCCCUCGAUUUCGGCGGGCAAGGACUACGGGCACUUUCUACAUCGUUGUUCAGUUACGAAUUUCUGAAAGAACUGUACCUAAACCACAACAAAUUAAAGGCGCUUCCUCCGACGAUUGGCCGCCUGCGCAAAUUGGAACACCUGGAUCUCUCGGGCAACGACCUCACUGAACUUCCCGAGGAGAUCGGCAUGCUUACGAGCCUGAAGAAGCUCUACCUGUUCGACAACAACAUCCGCACGCUCCCUUAUGAAAUGGGCUAUCUCUAUCGGUUGGAAACUCUAGGCAUUGAAGGCAACCCAUUGAACGACAUUCUGAAGUCUCAAAUCAUGAAGGAGGGCACCAAGGCUCUGAUCAGGUAUCUGAGGGAGGAAAUGCCAGAAAACCCCCCUCCCCCGGACAGAGAUUGGGUUAUUCUUGAUGAGACCGCAGGCGCAUCCACCGAGAAAAUCACCGUCCUUUCCCACAACGCGCUAUGCGACUCCUCUGCAACACAGUCCCACUUCGGAUAUACUCCAUCUCGUGCUCUGUCAUGGGAAUUCAGAAGAGAUCUCAUUCUCAGCGAGCUAAGAUCCCAUGACUCAGACAUUGUUUGCCUUCAGGAGGUAGACCAGGGAAGUUAUAAUGGGUAUUUCAGAGAACAGUUGGCCUACAAUGGCUACAAGGGUGUAUAUUGGCCUCGUGGAAGAGCUAUGGGCAUGCAGGAGGAAGAUGCCAAGUGUGUUGAUGGCUGUGCCACUUUCUUCAAGGGAACCAAAUUCAUUCUUCUUGACAAGCAGCUGAUCAACUUUGGCCAGACGGCAGUACGACGGCCCGAUGCUAAAGGCCAGGAUGACAUUUACAACAGAUUAUGGCAGAAGGAUCAUAUUGCGGUUGUCGUAUUCCUUGAAAACAGGCUCACAGGCUCGCGGUUUAUUGUCGUAAAUGCCCAUCUCUACUGGGAUCCGGCCUUCAAGGAUGUCAAGUUGAUCCAGACAGCCAUUUUGAUGGAAGAAAUUACGAAGCUCUCUGAGACGUACGCAAAGUGGCCUGCGUGUACCGACAAGGCGGCAUUCCGCUUCUCGGAAGCGGAAGGUGGUGAAGCGCAAACUCCACCGGAACCCUCUCCAUCCAUGGAGUAUGCCAGUGGUGAUCAAAUCCCUCUUUUCAUGUGCGGAGAUUUCAACUCAUCUCCUGGCUCGGCGGCGUAUAAUCUGGUUGCGCAUGGACGGCUAACGGAAGAGCAUCCGGAUCUCGAGAAACGACUUUAUGGCAACCUGAGCCGGGUUGGUAUGACCCACCCGUUCAAGUUGAAAUCCGCAUACAACUCGAUCGGCGAGUUGAGCUUUACGAAUUAUACACCUGAUUUUAAGGAUAUCCUGGAUUAUAUCUGGUUUUCAUCAAAUACGCUUCAUGUUUCGGCGUUACUCGGAGAGGUGGACAAGGACUAUCUGCUGAAGGUGCCCGGGUUCCCUAACUUUCAUUUUCCUAGUGAUCAUAUCGCAUUAUUUGCGGAGUUUGUUGUUAAAGGGAAAAAGGGAAAGGUGGUAGAGGCGGAUUUUGGACCGCAACGGAAUUGAGGGAUGGUGCAUGCUGAAUCUUACGAGACUGGUGUUUGUGUAGCCGGUUUAUCUUAUUAUCUCGGAAUCUUUGGGGGUUUUUUUCCGCGUGUCUGUGGUGUUCGUCGCUUGUUUUUGCAUUCUUUUUUUACCUGUCCAUUUCCUCUUUUAACAUACUUGUGAGUCUUAUCUGUUGUCAUUGCUGUCGCCAGAGGGCGUUCGCGCAAUUGAACCUGCGUAUCAUUUUCUUGGAAAGUAGUUUUCAACGGCGCGGCAGUCAUAUCUUUCCUUUACGUGUUAGGAUCUCAUUACUCUUUUCCUGAUGUUAAAUUUCCUACAUCUGUGACUGUUUCUUCCAUACUUGGUGUUGAGGGCCGGAAGGUCACCUGGCUUGGAGUAGUUGGGUCCUGAAGAGGUUUCUUUUCUUCCUUUGUUAUCAUAUAUUCUUAGGCGAAUGGGGGUUCUUCAUCUUUUGUCGCUUGUUUUCAUUCAGCUCUGAGACGUCUUCCGUCAGGCGAGUAGAGGAUUGACUUCAUGUGUACUCUUGAUGUUCGAUAUUGAGGUAAAUUUCCGUGAUAUAUCAAAGUAUGACCUGUCUGAUAUUCGAGUUGUGAAUCAAGUGUUGAGAGAAGAA